GACCGAUCCAUUUAAGCAUCUUCUUUCAACUCAGUACUCCAUACGCUCCUACUCUCUACUUUCUUUCAACGCUCCUCUCAGAGCAUCCAGCCUUCUCUCUCUCUCUCUCUCUCUCUCUCUCUCUCUCUCUCUCUCUCACACACACACACACACACACACACACGGGCACACGAUCGAUCGAGCCAGUGGAGGCUUUACCCAGAACUUGCUUAAUCUCCGGCAUUCUUCCCAGUAUUUGUCGAAUCUGAAAUUAAUCAACAAAGUGUGACAUUCCUAUAUUUUAUUUUAUUAUCCCAGACGACUUUCUUUAAGAUUUCUUUCCUGUCGCUGCUGAACAAAUUAUUUGAAGAUUCAAUGUGAAGAGUUCUCUUCCUCUGAGAUUCUGAAACUGGAGAUCCAUGCACUGUAGAUUGAGUUAAUUUCCUAUGAUACAUAACAGUUAUCGUUUCGCUGUUGACGCAAAGUUGGUUGGGAGGAAUAGGAAAUGUUGGUGUUAUCAAUAUGCAAAAGAGGUAAAAGCGUCUCAUCGGAAUUCUUCAACGCUCCUUCUCCCAGUCUCGAUUUUUCUCUUGGUUUUUUUCUUUUUUUCUUUUUUUUGAAUCGAAACGUUAUUGUUGGCCUCGAUCGCAGCCUUCUCUUUCGCUCUCUCAAUAAUUAUUGAUCAUCUUGAUCUAUCUAAUCAAGCUAGCUAAUUUUUGUUGUGGAUCUGCAGAGCUAGUUAACUAUGCGUGGGUUCUUGCCCUCAACGCAUAUUCAGACUAUAUCGGACUCUCCCUUGACCCACACUUCAGAGAGGGAGAUUCAAACUGUAUCACUCUCCCUUGACCGACACUUCAGAGAGGGAGAUGUAGAUAUCAGACUCUUCCCCAACUCAUACCUUGGACAGGGAGAUAUGGUACUAGGAGGUCGACGUGGUCAACUUCCUUUUAGGCACUCGACUACAUCACAUGAGGAUGAUUCGACAUCCUUGAGACCGGCAAAGCCCGUUGGUCUUGAUGCAGUGGCACCAUUGUCUGAGCCAUCGGCACCUCGGUCAGACAUGGAUACCACUUAUGGUAUUGAUACGCAGGCAUCUACAUCCACGGUUAGGUCGGGCUGUGGUGCAACGAAGAACAUGUCGCUGAAGAAGCACCUGGAUAGGAGAAAGCAGCAGAUUCGAAUCAACAUUCUUCCAGGCUACACCGCCCUGCUUAACGAUUGGUGCACCUCGUGGACUCAGGAGCUCGACAUUAUAUGCCGACAGUAUGCUCCAAUCACAGCCUUCAUCUGGCCGCAGGUGACUCAGGAGCAGCGCAUAGUUCUUUACAUACGCAUUUUGGAAGAGUUCGAUAUGGACAUCCUCGAGGAUGACCGUGAGAAAAGGGCGGUCGACAUCCAAUUGUGUAAUAAAUUUUAGAGCUAUUGCUCAAAAAUGCGUGAGCAUUUUCGAGCAAUGGGAGAUCAAGUAGAAGUGCGGUCAUACGAUAAGAUAUCUCAAGAGGAUUGGGAGGUGGUGUGUCACCAUUUCUGUGACCCACGCUAUCAGGCCAUAUGUGAAACAAAUGCUGCGAACCGCAGCAAACUCCCUACGACGCAUUGCGGUGGUUCAAGAUUAUUUGUAAAUCAUCGACAGCAUGAUCCCGAUACUAGCGCAGAUGAGCCGUUGCCGGACCUUUAUCAAAGAACACACCAACGGUGAUAGGGGGAGUGGUGCAAGGGUGCAUAGGGCAAACAUGCACGGAUGGUCAAGCUAAGAGAUGCACCUAUUUCUGAAGAGAAUCAACGAAUGACAGAUUUCCAGAUAACAACGAGCUGGGGGCUGGAUCAAAGAUCUUGGAAGUGGAUACAUCACCCCAACAACAUCAUCAUCCAUGGGUGCAGCGGCUCAUGUAGAAAUGGAACGAGCAUGUCGAGACGCCAAGUCUCGUGCGAUGAGAUGGCUUGAUGGGUGCAGAUGGUGGAAAUGGAGAACCAGCAAUUGAAAAACACGAUCUCCACCUUUCAAGCCCAGCUGCAAGACAUGAUAAAUAGGCAAGCGCAGCUUGAGCAAAUGAUGCGCCAAUCUCGAUCACAUGAUGCGGGUGGCUCCUCUCAUUAGAAGGGUUGUGCGGCCCGUAGGCAGGACUUAAUCUGGUCGGCCCUCCAAAUAAGUCACUAUACUCUACACUACCUCAGGCCGGUCAAACUCCAUACUCUCCUAGGCACGGGACUAGCUGCUACCUCGUCAAACUGGUCCCCUCAAACCAAUGAACUGGGGGGCUGCAUACUCUCUAAGCACAGUUGACGGUACCCACACACUAUCUGAGAUAUGUGGUUGCACUCUAUCUGUAUUAGCAAUAGUACUGUGCUCUAUAUUCACUAUCUGUAUCUGUAUCUGUAUGUAAUCUAUUCACAGGGAUCUGAUACUAUAUUUACAUAUAUACUCUUUUACUGUUUUCAUCGUGUUUCCAAAAUAACCAUAACACUAUAAUUCUGUAUUGUAAAUACUGUAAUAUCUGUAGCAUUUUAAUGCUAUAACUGUAUAAUCUGUCUGUAUCUUCUAUCUGUA